UUUAGGCACCAAUUUGAAACAAGCUCUACUCUUCCUACUUGUUUUUGUCAACGUUAACGCGUUGUUUACGCAGCAACGAGCAAAAUAAACAGCUGGAUCUAUUAUAUGUAAUAGCUAGAUGUUAUCUAGAUUCUAGAUUAUGUAAAAUAAUCCGCUACAUAUACAGAUUUUGACAGAAUAACGAUUUUACUUCCUGACACUAUCUUGUAAAGCUGGUUUGUUUGAACCGUUGUUUAACUACUGGAGCGGACACGAAGCUAAUGCUUGGCCAUAACCGCUUUGCUGGAAAAUGCCGUCCCGUGUUGAGGAUUAUGAAGUUUUGUAUACCAUAGGCUCCGGCUCGUACGGCAAAUGUCAGAAAAUACGGAGGAAGUCUGACGGUAAAAUUUUAGUUUGGAAGGAGUUGGACUAUGGUACCAUGGCCGAGGGUGAGAAGCAGAUGCUGGUGUCCGAGGUGAACCUCCUACGGGAGCUCAAGCACCCAAACAUCGUCAGAUACUAUGACCGCAUCAUAGACCGAACUAAUACAACCCUGUACAUUGUCAUGGAAUACUGUGAGGGCGGCGACCUCGCUACCCUCAUCACAAGAUGUGUCAAAGAAAGGCGUUACCUUGAGGAAGAGUUCAUCAUGCGUGUCAUGGCACAGCUUGCAUUGGCACUGAAAGAGUGCCACAGGAGAAGUGAUGGAGGUGCCACUGUAUUACACAGAGACCUGAAACCUGCUAAUAUCUUCCUUGAUGUAAAGCAGAACAUCAAGCUUGGGGACUUUGGCCUAGCUCGCAUCCUUAACCACGACACCAGUUUUGCAAAGACUUUUGUUGGGACCCCUUACUACAUGUCUCCAGAGCAAAUGAAUCGGAUGUCCUACAAUGAGAAAUCAGAUAUCUGGUCAUUGGGAUGCUUGCUGUAUGAACUGUGUGCCCUAUCGCCCCCUUUUACAGCAUAUAACCAAAAAGAACUGGCAGAGAAAAUAAGAGAGGGCAAGUUUAGAAGGAUUCCCUAUAGAUACUCUGAAGAGUUGAAUGCACUCCUGUCCAGAAUGCUCCACUUAAAGGACUUCUUGAGGCCCUCUGUGGAGUCCAUACUCCAGAGCAGCCUGCUGGCAGGCAUGGUUGCCGAGGAGCAGAGGAAGGUACAGGGGCGACAGCGGAGGUCAGCUGAUCCAGAAGUUCCUAAAGCAGCAGAGCCUGCCCCCACACUGGCUGCAGAGUUGAGGCUGAAGGAGAAGGUGCUGCAGGACAGGGAGAAGGCUCUGAAGGACCGUGAGGAGAGACUUGAACAGAGAGAGCAGGAGCUCUGCCUUCGAGAAAGGCAGUCCAAUGAGAGACUCGCCAGAGCUGAGAGUUUGCUGAAGAAUUACAACAUCCUGAAACAACAAAAGAGCCUGGCACAACUUUAUACUAAUAACAUAGAUGAGGGAGAGGAGAAUAUGUCCCCGGGAAAGAAGAAGGUUCACUUUGCUGGAGACGGCAAGGAGAACCAGCAGGCUGGCUGUCCUCAGACCCUGAAGACCCAGGAGCUGCUGCUGCACAAGAGGCUACAGACAGCCAACUUACGUGCUCAGGCCCUGGGGGAAGUGGAGAGGAACUACCAGCAUAAAAGCAGGCAGAUCCUGGGAAUCCGCUAGCUCUGCCUGGUCCAGGCCUUCUGUGUCUUACAGGACUGAUGUAUUCAGUUCUGACUGAAUUAGAAUCAAAACUUCAGAUGGCUAGUACCUUUGUUGCCCUUUAGUUAAAAUAUUAAACUUUUAAUUUAUUUAUGUUGCACUGGGUCAUGUUAACUGUGGUUAUGGUGAAUCUCAAAUGUUGAGGUUGCUUUGUAUAUUUAGGUAACAGAAUGACUGUGAAAUUGUAGUGACGCGAAUGUCUUCUUGAUCAUUUCUAAAGUUUUAAACAUUUAAAGACCAGAUAUCAAUACCAUCUAUGUUUGUUGAUUUGGGAACAUUAAAAGCAGCUGAUUACUCUGA